AUGAGUGGAGAGGACAUGGUUCCAGGACCUCAGUUGGCUGAUAAGAUAGCCUUUAUCUUUGCUAUCAUUUUAUUCCUUUUGUGCUUGGUGGCAGUGGUGGGUAAUGGCUUAAUCACCGUGGCACUGGGCAUGGAGUGGUUGCUGCAGAGAACUUUGUCACCCUGCAAUAAGUUAUUGGUCAGCCUGGGAGCCUCUAGCUUCUAUCUGUGAUGGGUGGAUAAGAACAUUUAUAUUUUCCUGAAUCCAAUAGCCUUCCCAUACAACCCUGUAUUCCAGUUCCUAGCCUUUCAGUGGGACUUCUUGAAUGCUGUCACGUUAUGGUUCUCCACCUGGCUCAGUGUCUUCUACUGUGUGAAAAUCGCAACCUUCACCCACCCUGUCUUCCUCUGGCUAAAGCAGAUGGUGUCUGCAUUGGUUCCAUGGACGCUGCUCAGCUCUGUGGGGUUCUCCAGCUUUAGCACCAUUCUAGUUUUCAUAGGCAACCAGAGAAUAUAUCAGAACUAUUUAAAGAGGGCUCUGCAACCUUGGAAUGUCACUGGGAAUGCUGUGAGAACAUAUGAGAGACUCUGCUUCUUCCCUUUGAAAAUUGUUACCUGGACAGUCCCUACUGUUGUCUUCAUCGCUGGCACGGCUUCGCUCAUUACCCCUCUGGGAAGGCACACCAAGAAGGUCUCCCUGUCCAUCUCAGGCUCUCAUGAUCCCAGCACCCAGGCACACAUCAAGGCUCUCCUGGCGCUCAUCUCCUUUGCUGUCCUGUCCUGUUUCCUGUCACUGGUGCCCAGUGCCUCAGGUACGUUUCCACCGUGGGGACUCAGGCACUGGGUGCGGCAGGCUGGGACUCACCUGUGCGCAGCAGUCUACCCCGUUGUUCUUUUCUUGAGUAACCGCACGCUGAGAGCUGCGCUAGAGAGGGGCUGCUCCUCAGGGCAUGGGGCACCUUGA